AUGUGUAUGAGGUUUUUUACAGAUGAAGAACAAGCAGCAGAGGAUAAGCAACGACAAAACAAAGGUGCAAAUAAAGAUGUCGAAAUGGACGUUGGCGAGGCGAAUAGCAGUGGCGUGGAGGAUGACGACGACGGGACGAGUAAAGAGGAGGCGAAUGACUCGCCGAAAUCGCAGUCGAUGUCCGGAGAUGACUCGAAGGAAGAGGGCACGGAUUCGAACGAUUCUGGAGAGAAGAGUGAGUUAUGUGAUUGA